CAACGAUGGCAAUGGUGAAGGUCUGUCAUUUACUGCUACUCUGAUACAUGAACCACAGUUAGUCCAACUGUGGUUUGCAUGGAGGUGGAGAAUGAGGAAUUGACCAAUCAGAGAAGAGAAGCCGCCACGCCGCAUUUCCAGGAUGGGGCGGCGCCACAGAAGAAGAAGAAGAAGAAGAGGAUGCCAACAAGUGAUCAGCAGGUGGAGCGUGCUGACACGCCAAACGGCAAUACGGGAGAAGCCGCGGUGGACGAGGAAGAAGCCACUGUCGCUGUCUGCAGAAAGACCAAAAGAAAGAGGAAGGCCAAGGCCACGGAGCCUCACAGCGACGACCUCGGAGCCGAAGAUGACGACAUUGUGAUGGAUGCCCCCUCACCCAUUCCCCAGCAUUCCUUGUUCUCCGCCCCCCAAGGACAUAGUCAAUCUGUUGGCAGAGUCUUUGUGGAGCGAAACAGGCGUUUCCAGGCAGAGCGAGUGGAGCAGUUCCGACAUCCGGAGCAGGUGGACGACUACAUGGAGCCCAGACAGAUGACGUGGACCACCAGAGACGUGGCCAUAAAGGUCCACAGCUGUUUCAGGGUUGUGGGCCUUUUCUGCCACGGCUUCCUGUCUGGUUACGCCGUGUGGAACACGAGUGUCGUGUACGUGCUUGCCGGCGAGCACGCGUCCACGCUGGCCAACCUCCUGCAGCAAUAUCACUCUCUGGCCUACAGCGCACAGUCGCUGCUCUACCUGCUGCUCGCCAUCAGCACCGUGUCCGCCUUCGACCGAGUGAACCUGGCCAAAGCCUCAAUGGCCCUGAGGGGCUUCGUCACGUUGGAUCCGGCCGCUGUCGCCUCCUUCUUGUACUUCAUAGCAUUGAUCCUGUCCCUCAGUCAGCAGAUGACGAGCGAUCGCAUCCACCUGUACCCCACCGCCAACAACACUCUGUGGCCUCCUGGCUCUGAGGAGCAGAUCUUGCGACCGUGGAUGGUGGUCAACCUGGUGGUGGCGCUGCUGGUGGGCCUGGCAUGGGCCGUCAUUUCUACACGACCGGGUGUCGACCACACGGAAGAAUUCUUGAUGUCCAUGGAAGUUGAGUCUUAUCCCAGAAGCGAGGAGAACAUGGACAUUCCAGCUUGA